GUCUUGACUGAGGAUCCAACUCUCAGCCCUCCAGCUGGACCCUGCUGCUGCUCUGCUCACUGUGGGCUUUAAACCAGGACACAAACACACCUGACGGCUGAGCUCUCUCCCUCCUUCUGAUAAAACCAUGAGGGUCUUCCUCCUGCUUUGCCUGCUGGCGCUAGGCAACGCCAAACCCUACCAGUCAAUCAAUGUCAUGGACUUCAUGAGAAACUAUGACAUCAUGAUGGCCGACUCGAGCCAUGAGGACGAGGACGAGGACAAUGACGUCGAUGACGACGAUGACGAUUAUGACGACAACUGUCCGGCCGGCUGCCAAUGCUCACCCCGAGUGGUGCAGUGCUCCGACAAGGGUGAGAUCUCUGUUCCCGAGAAGAUUCCCGAAGACACUGUGAUACUAGACCUCCAAAACAAUGACAUCACCGAGAUCAAGGAGAACGACUUCAAAGGCCUCCACAAGCUUUAUGGCCUGUUUCUGAUCAACAACAAGAUCUCCAAGAUUCACCCCAAGGCCUUCAGAAACAUGGACCAUCUCCGACUGCUGUACCUCUCCUACAACCUGCUCACCGAGAUCCCCGCAAACCUGCCUCCCAACGUCAUCGAGCUCCGCUUCCACGAAAACAAGAUCAGCAGGAUCCAGAAGGAUGCCUUUAAAGGCCUGAUGAAACUCCAUGUGCUGGAGCUGGGCGCCAACCCUCUGGCCAACAGUGGGAUUGGACUGGGAGCCUUUAACGGCUUGUCGACCCUGUACAUCGGUAUAUCAGAGGCCAAACUAACCGCCGUGCCAAAAGACCUCCCAACCUCCAUCACAGAGCUGAGCCUGGACUACAACAAGAUCGCUAAGGUGGAAAUUGAAGACUUCAUCAGAUAUAAAAACCUGCGGAGGCUAGGACUCGGUUUUAACCAGAUCAAGUAUGUAGAAAAUGGCAGCUUCGCCAGCAUCCCGAGCGUCCGUCAGAUCAACCUGGACAACAACCGUCUGAAAAAGGUCCCACCGAACCUCAACGCCCUGCGCUCCCUCCAGGUGAUUUAUCUCCACGGCAACAAAAUCAGCAGCGUGGGAGUCAACGACUUCUGUCCCGUCCCGCCCAGCGGGAAGAAGAACCUGUACACGGGCAUCAGCCUGUUCGCCAAUCCUGUGAAGUACUGGGACAUCCAGCCGGCCACCUUUCGCUGCGUGACCGGGCGGAGAGGCGUUCAGCUGGGGAACUUCAGGAAGUAGGGGGAGGAAGCCGGUGAUCCUCGUAAAGGUGCAGGGGAGGAGUUGAAAAAUAAUUCUGAUUAGAUAGAACAAGGUGAAACUGGAUUUCAGGAAAUGAGAGAAAUGACAUUAUAUUGUUGUGUAUUAGAAAGCGUAGCACGUGUCGUUGAAUGCAGGAACAAUUUACACAAAACGGUUCCCCAGCAAGGAAAAAGACUAAUGUUGGAUGUUGGUUUACAUGAGGAGGACAUAAUAACAUGAACAUCUGUAGAUCAUAAUGAAGUGUCCUGCUUGCAUUCUGUGAGGUCGUCCUCAGCUUUCGCUUUUGUGUAAACUUUCCCAUGAAUAAAGCGCCGCCUGCUGGUCACUUUUUUUUUUAAAGCAAAACCACCAAAUGACCUGAUUUGAGUAAAAUGACAUGCUGAUGCCUUUCUUUCCACGUUUAAGUUGUCUUCUAAACAACAACAACAACAAACAAAAUACUUUUUUUAAAUCACAUACUAUAUUUGCCUUUUUUGUCAAAGUUGAGACACAGUAAUCAUUAAAAAAGAGUCACUAUAUGGCCAACGUUGUAACUUUUUAAACACGUUUCCCUUCCAGCAGAAGUCUGUACAGUCAAUGAAUUAUGGUCCCUUUGAAGCCCCAUGUGUGUCUUUAUGUGGUUAUAUAUUAUCUCCCUGUCUGUAUUGUCUUUAUUUAGUAAACUACAUGUCAGACUGGAUUAUACAUUGUCCUUGAUAUAAACUCAAAACAUGACUUUGUUUUAAUGAACUAUAGCAACUAAAUUUAACUAUUAAUAAUCAUAAGCAGGUAAUGAAAUGCCCAAUCUUGGACGUCUAAGAGCACCAGUGCGCUCUCCUCUGAAAUGGUGCUAUAUUUAUUGAGUUUGUCUUUAAAUAAACCUGGAACACCUGUACGUUGUUACUUUUUGUCAAAAUGAAAUUGGGUUUGAGUUAACGUUGGAUUUUGUUAUUUGAGCUAUUAUUGUCAUAUCUUGUGAUUUAAGGCUAUUUGAAUACAUUUGACUCAACAUGUGAGACAAA